UUUGUUUGUUAGUAAACUACCUACUUGGUAUAAGACGUUGAGUGAUCUGUGGGAUUAAUCUGUUUGGCUUUGAACUUGUUCACAGUCAUCUAUCGAAUUCUGCAUUCAGUCACAUUCAGUCUUUUUGAACUCUGUUGAAUAAUUGUAGGGCUACAAUGAGUACGGUGAAAUUAGCAAAGGCGGCUUUGAGGACAGAAAUAGAAAAGAAACUUGCUCGAAUGACUGCUGAGGAGAGAAAGAAGCAGUCAGAGGCUAUACAAAAAAAGUUGCUCAACCUACCACAAUACAAAAAUGCUAAGAAUAUUUCGGUCUACCUGAGUUUGGACAGUGAAGUUAAUACGAAACCAAUACUUGAGAGGAUUUUUGAGGAUGGCAAGUGCUGCUUCGUACCAAGGUACAAGAAAGCAGCCAUGCAGAUGGUGGAACUUAAUGGUAUGGAAGAUUGGGCUUCUCUACCUGUCACCAAGUGGAAUAUCAAGCAACCAUCUUGGAAAGACGAGAGAAGGGAUGCACUGGAAACAGGGUUGGACCUGGUGAUAUGCCCAGGGGUUGGUUUUACCAAAGAGGGUGGAAGACUGGGACACGGAGAAGGUUACUACGAUAGGUGUUUGAAAGCUAUCUCAACGUCACAAAAAUCACGUCCAUAUUUGGUGGCCUUGGCCUUCAAGGAGCAAAUUGUGGAGGAAUUGCCACUAGAAGAAACUGACGUAGACCUCGACAUGGUGCUUUACCCUGACGAUUGAUUUCAACAUUCAUAUUGGAUUUAACAGAAAAUACUUUUAGUUUUAUAUAAUCUUUACCCACAUUAUGUACUCUUCUUAUCACAAAAUACACUAUAUUAUAUUA